UCCUCCCUGCGCGACUCUCCCGGGGACUCGGGAGACGCCGCCGGGCCCGGGGCCUGGACUGCGCGGGGCCUGUCCCUCCGCCCACACCGCUGCCCCCUUCGCAGCUCGGCCGCGGGUUAGAUGUAGCCCGGCGCCCCGCGGGGGCUGCAGCAAGAUGGCGGAUCUGUCGCUGCUCCAGGAGGACCUGCAGGAGGAGAUCGACGGAUUUGGUGUGGAUGACUACAGCUCAGAGUCUGAUGUGAUUAUUAUACCUUCAGCCCUGGACUUUGUCUCACAAGAUGAAAUGUUGACGCCUUUGGGAAGACUGGACAAGUACGCUGCAAGUGAGAACAUAUUUAACAGGCAAAUGGUGGCUCGAAGUUUGCUGGACACUUUGAAGGAAGUCAGUGAUGAUGAGAGAGAUUGUAUUGCUGUGUUGGAGAGAAUCAGCAGAUUAGCUGAUGAUUCAGAGCCAACAGUGCGGGCAGAACUGAUGGAACAGGUGCCUCAUAUUGCUAUGUUCUGUCAAGAGAACAGACCCUCAAUCCCAUAUGCUUUUUCCAAAUACUUACUGCCUAUUGUGGUGCGAUACCUCGCAGACCAGAAUAAUCAGGUAAGAAAAACAAGCCAGGCAGCACUGUUAGUUCUGUUGGAGCAAGAACUCAUAGAGAGAUAUGAUGUGGAGACCAAAGUAUGCCCUGUUCUGAUAGAUCUGACAGCUCCAGACAGCAAUGAUGAUGUGAAGACAGAAGCUGUGGCUAUAAUGUGCAAAAUGGCAUCCAUGGUGGGAAAGGACAUCACAGAAAGACUUGUUCUUCCUAGGUUUUGCGAGAUGUGCUGUGACUGCAGAAUGUUUCAUGUUCGUAAGGUGUGUGCAGCCAAUUUUGGUGAUAUCUGCAGCGUGGUUGGGCAGCAAGCCACCGAAGAAAUGCUGCUGCCGAGGUUUUUCCAGCUCUGCUCUGAUAAUGUGUGGGGAGUUAGGAAAGCCUGUGCUGAAUGCUUCAUGGCAGUUUCUUGUGCAACAUCACAGGAAGUCCGGAGGACAAAAUUGUCAACCCUUUUUAUUAAUUUGAUUAGUGAUCCUUCACGAUGGGUCCGCCAGGCCGCCUUUCAGUCCCUGGGGCCUUUCAUAUCAACUUUUGCUAAUCCAUCCAGCAGUGGCCAGUACUUCAAAGAAGAAGAUGGUAAAAACCCAGAAGGUGGUGGUUCUGUGCAGGAAAACAGUGAGCAAGUCAGGACUACAGAAGAUGUUACAACAGAGGAUGAGCACAACAGGACAGAGGAUCUGUCUUCACAUGUUGAUAACGAUGAUUUUGCAACAAAACUUGAAAAUGCCAUGGAAGAUCAAAAUACAGUGUCAAAUCACUCCCAGAGGGAAAGUGAUUUCCAGACUGAGUCAUCCUUCCAUUGCACUUUGUCCUCAGAAUCUUGUGGGGAAAUGGCUGAUGAGAACGAGCGAAGUUCUCAUUGCUGUACAGCAGGUCUGCAGGAGGCCAGACUGAAUUCACAGGAAACCUCUCUUUCAGAGCAGGAACUGUACAACUCUUUCCAUUUCUGGAGGACUCCACUUCCUGAAAUAGAUAUUGACCUUGAGCUUCAGCAGACCUCUGAGAUAAUACUUGAUAGAGAAAUUCAGGAACUCACUAUGCAAGUAUCUUCAAACAUUCCUAUGACAAAAAGGAAAGAAUUGGAAGAAAUGAUAGAAAAUUUGGAACCCCAUAUAGACGAUCCAGAUGUUAAAGCACAAGUGGAGGUAUUGUCUGCUGCACUCAUAGCAUCUAGUUUGGAUCCUCAAGAAGAGACAGUGGCCAGCGUUGGCAAGGGAACAGAUUCACAGACUGAACUGACCAUCAGUGGCCAACAGAAUUUUAAACCUAUACUGGAUGAUAUUGUGCCUUUAAUUGGUGACACUGUUGAGAAUAUGGAUUCUACGCUUCACUAUAUUCAUAAUGAUUCAGAUUUGAGCACUAACAGUUUCAGCCCUGAAGAAGAAAGAAAAUCCAAAGUACAGGAUGUUGUACCUCAGGCCUUGCUGGAUCAGUAUUUAUCAAUGACUGAUCCCUCUCGCGCACAAACGGUUGAUAAUGAGAUUGCCAAACACUGUGCCUACAGCCUGCCAGGUGUGGCACUUACAUUAGGCAGGCAGAAUUGGCACUGUUUGAAAGAUACCUAUGAGACGCUGGCAUCUGACAUGCAGUGGAAGGUUCGGCGGACACUAGCAUUUUCUAUACAUGAACUUGCAGUCAUCCUUGGAGACCAGCUUACAGCUGGAGAUCUAGUUCCUGUCUUCAAUGGCUUUUUAAAAGAUCUAGAUGAAGUGAGGAUAGGUGUGCUUAAACACCUGCAUGACUUCCUGAAGCUUCUUCAUCUUGACAAAAGACGAGAAUAUCUUUAUCAGCUGCAGGAAUUCCUAGUGACUGAUAACAGCAGGAACUGGCGUUUCCGUGCUGAGCUGGCUGAGCAACUGAUCUUGCUUCUAGAUCUGUACAGUGCCAGAGACAUUUAUGACUACUUGCGACCUAUCGCUUUCAGCCUCUGUGCAGACAAAGUGUCUUCUGUCCGUUGGAUUUCUUACAAGCUGGUUAGUGAAAUGGUAAAAAAGCUGUACAUGGCCUCAACGUCAACCUUCGUGGUAGACCUCAUGAAUGAACUUGUUGAAAAGUUCUGUAGAUGCUGCAAAUGGUCUGGUCGGCAGACUUUUGUCUUUAUUUGCCAGACUAUCAGUGAAGAUGAUUGCCUGCCCAUGGACCAGUUUGCUGUGCAUCUGUUGCCACACUUACUACACUUGGCAUCUGACAGGGUUCCAAAUGUUCGAGUCCUGCUUGCAAAAACACUAAAGCAAACCCUUUUAGAGAAAGAGUAUUUUCUGAAUUCUGCCAACUCUCACCAAGAGGCUGUGGAACAAACCAUAAUGGCUCUUCAAAUGGACGAUGACAGUGACGUCAAGUAUUUUGCAAGCAUACACCCUGCCAGUACCAAAAUCGCAGACGAUGCCAUGAGCACUGCUUCAUCGACUUACUAAAAAGUUCUGAAUGUUGCUAUAAUUAAAAA